GUUGAAAUUCAUGUUAAAGAGACGCACUGAAGCUCUCUGCAGCCACCUCAAGGGCUCGGUGGAGAAGAACCCUGAACUGUUCUCCUUCCGCUACCGAAGAGGCAGAGGCCGGGUGGGGGACUUCUGGUGACAUCGUGUAGCCUGUUGUGUCGAGAUGUUGAAGUUACUGAACUACUCAUAUGAUCUGCUGACCAUCUCUGACCUCCAAGGAGCUAAUCCUGAAAAGUUAAAAUCCUCUGACGAAGAACCAUUCAGGGAGGGUGGCUAUAAUGAAGGAGAAAGUGAAGUACACUCACUUAAAUAUUUCAAUGGAGCCAUACAAGAGCUUGGUUCCCAUACUGUUGCUCUAUCUCCAGUAGUGGGAAAGGAAAGACAGUCCUGUAGUGCAAGGGCCUUUUCUAUUGAAAGAAGGCUCGAUGGGAAAAGAACCAACUCUCUUUCACCAAUUUCAUUUGAAACUCCUAGGAGAACUGGCAAGACAAUCACGUUGCGGCGGAGACUUCUUGAGUCCCACCUCUCAAGUGAAAAAGUGCAGUUGCACAAAACUGUUCAAUCCUCCGUGGCUGUUACAGAAGAAUGGCCUUACACCGGACCAUGUGAUAAAUUAUCCUUUUCAGAUAGCUCAUUAAAUUCUCCUGGAGACUUGAAAUUUAAAGGUUUAUCAACUAGUUCUCUAAGUGAUGAAAGUGGUGCUUCAUGUAGAACUAAAAGGUAUUUGUUUGCACAACAGCGAACCUCCACAAUAGAUGAUUUAAAGUGUAAAAAUUGGUUAAUUUAUGAAAAUGCAUCUUCUGAUCAAUGCACUUCGUUUAGUAAACUUGAUCUCAGCAGUUUCUCUUGCUCCGAAGAUUGUGGUGAAUGCACCCUGUCUGAAUCCUUUGUAACACCAGCUAGGCAGGGAAAAUUCAAUCUGGUCACAUCUGGAGGUGACCAGUUUGUUACUCCAGUAAAUUUCAAUGUAAAUCUGUCAACAGGAAAAAUGUUACAAAGAACUCCGUCACAGGACAAAUUGGAUACCUCAACAGAAGACAGUGGGUAUAAUUCGGUUGGUUUGGAAAAAUCAUCUGAUUCCUUCUCAAAUGAGAAUUCCUUUCAAGAAUUGAUGAAAAAUCAAAAAAAACCUAAGAUGCAAGAUUCUAAGAGGUCUGUUAGACAAUUGGAAAGAACUAAGCGUCUGUCCACUCUCAGUGAGCGUGGCUCCCAAUCUGAGACUGAAGAUGAACACAAAGGAAUUCUUCCAAAGGGGUCAAAUUACAAACUAAAAUCUCCCAGUAAAGAUGAUGAGUUGGUCUUUGAAGAAAGUAAUUGGGAGGACUCUCUAAAACUUGGGAAUUUGUCUCAUACUCCUGCGUUGCAGUUAAUACAGGAAUUGUGCAUGAGGAAAAAAAGGUCAAAAAAUAUCACCAGUAAGGAUGAGAAUGGGUUUGAGGAAAAGGCACUAGGUGAAUCUAUGCCUUCACUGCGUGGACUAAUUGGCCGAAAAAUGGGCUUAGAAAAAGUGGAUAUUCUGAAAGAACUAUUGAACAGGAACUUGACGCAUGUUCUCAAUAUAAUUUUGUAUUGCUUCACUAUAGAAGAUAUCUGCAGAGUAUGGAAAGUGAGCAAAGUCUGGAAGAAAGUCAUCAAGCAAGACCAAAUGCUGUGUCUCAGAAGAAAGCAGUAUCUGAAUGAAGUUCAAAAUCACAGAAUGCAUAACCAAUUUUGGGCCACAGAUGUUGAAAACAGACGUAAACACCUAGAUCGCCCUGCUUUGAAAUCUGUUCAGGCACAGACAAGGGUCUUCACACCAAUUCUCUCUACUCGACAGGAGCUAACCACUGGAUACGGUAGUGCUUCCAAGUCAAUUAGUAAGCGAGAAGAAUUCUUACAGGUUGCCAAGACGUUGUUUAAUGAUGAGGCUUUAAAACCGUGCCCACAGUGCCAGUCACCUGCCAGGUACAAUCCAAUGAAGAAAAGAGGUCUCUGCAGUCGAGAAGAUUGCGCCUUUGACUUUUGUACACAAUGCUUCUGUGUUUUCCAUGGAUCCAGGGAAUGCAGCAGUAAGUCUGUCAAACACUUUGGCAACAAAGGUGGAACACCAGGAAGUGCUCAAAGCAAGAGGAACUUGCGAAGAUUAUAAACUUUAAGGAAAAUGUAAACUUGUAAAUGUAAAUAGAACUAUGCAGACUCCCUAAUCCCUUCUAACACUAUACUAACAAUGUUUCUUAGUUGUGUGCAUAUGUAUAAACAUUUUGAAGACUUUUUAAACUAUUUUCAAUUUGUACAAAUCAUUUUUCAGAGUGGGGGAGAAUGUAUAUCCAAGAUUACAAGUUUACUGAUUUUAUUUGCACUAAUUUAUACAUCUGAUUUUAGCAAACAAUUUGGGGGGGGGGUUGGGUCUUCAGAAUAAUCAUAAGUAAUGCUGUCAUGACAGCAAGCCUGCUUCAAAAUCAUUGCAGUUUUUCAGGUUUCUCGAGGGCACAGUUAAAACAAACUGCAUUGUAGUAAUUAGUAAUGGAUGAAUUAGAAACUAGGCGUGCAAACUGUACCUAUACUUAUUCUGAGCUCCCUUAAUGUUUUCAAAGGCAUUGGCUCCAUGAAUUUCUUCACUGCUUUAAAUUCAUCUCUCCUUUGUAAUUUCUGAAAUGUUGACUGCACAAAAU